AUCAAUUAAAAAUCUAUUUUAUUUUUAUUUUUACAGAAUAUGGCGCUUAAGUUAUAUGGCGUGUCAGAUGGUCCGCCGUCUUUAUCAGUUAGACAAGCUCUAAAAUGGUUAAAUAUCCCUUUUGAGCUGAUCAACGUCGACUUUGGAAAGGGUGAACAUAUGACGCCUAAAUAUGCACAGAUGAAUCCACAAAAAGAAAUACCUGUAUUGGACGAUGAUGGGUUUUUUCUCGGCGAAAGUAAUGCUAUAUUGCAAUAUAUAUGCGAUAAAUUUAAACCAACUUCAGAACUGUACCCACAGGACCCUAAAUUACGAGCGAUCGUGAAUCAUCGGCUUUGUUUCAACCUUUCAACAUAUUACGCUAAUAUAUCCGCAUAUACCAUGGCGCCGAUUUUCUUUGAUUAUGAACGCACUGACCUUGGACUUAAGAAAGUCAAAAUGGCUCUUGACGUGUUUGAAACCUACUUGUCGAAAUUGGGAACGAGUCACGUGGCCUGUGAUCAUCUUACGAUUGCAGAUUUCCCCCUUUUCAAUUCCACCAUGACUUUGGAAGCUAUCGGAUUCGACUUCAGUAAAUACACAAAAAUUUAUAAUUGGUACAUUAACUUUAAAAAGAAUUAUCCGGAACUAUGGAAAAUAUCAGAAGAUGCGAUGAAAGAAAUUCAGCACUUCGCGUCAAAUCCUCCGGAUUUGAGGAAUCUUAACCACCCUAUUCAUCCGAUCCGUAAAGUAAAUUAAAUAAAUAGUAAACCAAUA